AUGUCUGAUCAAUCUUCCUCAAAAAUAAUAUCUGAAACUAUAUCUAAUACCAGCAAUGAAAGUGGCAAUAAUUUUGGAUUUAUCGAGAGUGUAACAGAUAUUAACAAUCGUAAGGACAAUUUAAUCAAAACUGAAACAGUGGGUCAUGCUUCUGUUAAAUCAAUAGUUCCGCUUGAACUUUUGCGCCAUAUUUAUCUUCCCCAGAAACCACACGAUCGUAUAUUUGAUCCCACAACAAGAACCAUUUCAUAUCUUCAACCACGAUCAUAUUUACCUGUCAAUUCAUUAAUACAGGGCGAAAAGAAACGAAUUCUAGUAACUGGAGGUGCUGGUUUUGUUGGAUCUCAUUUAGUAGAUAGAUUAAUGUUAAUCGGACAUGAAGUUAUUGUACUCGACAAUUUCUUUACCGGGCGCAAAAAUAAUCUUGCUCAUUGGAUUGGACAUCCUAAUUUUGAAUUAAUUCGUCAUGAUGUGGUCGAUCCUUUUUUGAUUGAGGUAGAUCAAAUUUAUCAUUUGGCUUGUCCUGCUUCACCACCUCAUUAUCAGUACAAUCCCAUAAAGACCGUGAAAACCAGCGUAAUGGGUACAAUCAAUAUGCUGGGUCUUGCCAAACGCGUUAAGGCUCGGUUUUUAUUAACUUCUACUUCGGAAGUGUACGGUGACCCGGAAGAACAUCCUCAAGCAGAAACGUAUUGGGGUCAUGUCAAUCCAAUAGGGCCAAGAGCAUGUUACGAUGAAGGAAAACGAGUUGCGGAAACUUUAACUUAUGCUUACAUGCAUCAGGAUAGUGUUGAUGUUAGAGUUGCUCGAAUUUUCAACACUUUUGGUCCUCGCAUGAACGAAAAUGACGGUCGUGUAGUGAGUAAUUUUAUCAUGCAAGCUUUAAAAGGAGAAGAACUAACCAUUUAUGGAGAUGGCCUUCAAACGCGUUCUUUUCAAUACGUACAUGAUUUGGUAGACGGCUUGAUUUUGUUGAUGAAUAAAGAUUAUAUGGAACCCAUUAAUUUGGGUAAUCCAGAUGAAUACACAAUUCGUGAAUUUGCUGAGCUUAUUCGUAAUGAAGUUAAUAGUUCUAGUAAGAUUAAGACUCUACCGGCACCAACGGAUGAUCCUAAAAAGCGGAGACCAGAUAUUUUAAGAGCUGAACAAAUUCUUGGGUGGAAACCUAGAUGGCCAGUAAAACAAGGUAUUGGAGAAACUGUUAAAUAUUUUAAAAGGCAAAUGGAGGCCGGUCUUAUAGGAUAA